AUGCUGCUCACGAUGCGCGUGCUCUUCCUCAUCUCCGUCGUCAUCUCCGUCCAGGCUGAAACGACACCGGCCGCGGGAUUUAUGGAAAAGGACUGCGACGUGGGAACGAAAGAUUGCACGCUGCAGCAUCAACCACCCGGGGCCAGGCGGCUCUGGUUUAGCGUCAAAGACGAGAAGGAGGAUACCAUCUUUAACUACGCGUGCGGCGCCACCCAAACAUUCUGCGUGUCGAUGAACAACGAGAUACUGGCCGACGACAAGAUCGGCUGCUAUGGGUACUUCUUGACGCCGACUGGAUGUCAAUGUGCGCCGAAGAAAGAUGAGAUCUGGGAACUGGAGACCCCCGUGUACUCGGAGCUCCUGUCCCAGUGGAGGUCGGCACAGAAGCCGGGCGAAUCGAAGUGCGAGAUCGUCAUCGUCCGUCCGGACGACGUGUCGCCGACGUCGUCUGCCCGCCGGCUGCCCCUGUUCGCCACUGUGAUCGUCGUCGUCGUGGCCCUCAUC